CUCUGGGGUCCCUGGCUCACUCCACUCUCUCUGUCCAGCGCCAGGUGCGGGGGAAGGGUCUCCCCCAGGUCCCAGCCCCCCCCAGGAGCCUCCCGGGCGCCGUGGGGCCCCCUCCAAGUCGCCCCCGCAGCCCCCCAAGGAGCGGAAGGGGUCGGCGUCGUCGGCUGAGGACAAGAAGAGAGUGAAGGCCCUGGGCUACCGGGACUCGGGCUACCAGUGGGAGGUGCCCCCGCAUGAGGUGAUCCUGCUGCGGCGGGUGGGAGCCGGCUCGUUUGGGACCGUCUACCAGGGCCGCUGGCACGGCCACGUGGCUGUCAAAAUCCUCAAGGUGACGCAGCCCACGGCCCAGCAGGUGCAGGCCUUCAAGAACGAGAUGCAGGUACUCAGGCGGACGCGUCACGUCAACGUGCUGCUGUUCAUGGGCUUCAUGACGCGGCCGAGCUUCGCCAUCAUCACCCAGUGGUGCGAGGGCAGCAGCCUGUACCGGCACCUCCACGUCUGCGAGACCCGACUGGACGCCCCCGCCCGCACCGAGGUGGCGCGUCAGACGGCCCAGGGCAUGGAUUAUCUUCAUGCCAAGAACAUCAUCCACCGGGACCUGAAAUCCAACAACAUCUUCCUGCACGAGGGGCUGACGGUGAAGAUCGGUGACUUCGGCCUGGCCACGGUGAAGACGCACUGGAGUGGGGCCCGCCGGGUCGAGCAGCCCCGGGGCUCCGUGCUCUGGAUGGCGCCCGAGGUGAUCCGCAUGCAGGACAGCAGCCCCUACAGCUUCCAGUCCGACGUCUACGCCUACGGGGUGGUUCUGUUCGAGCUCACCACGGGCAGCCUCCCCUACGGGCACGUCCGCAGCCGCGACCAGAUCCUGUUCAUGGUGGGCCGGGGGUACCUGUCCCCUGACAUGAGCCGGGUGCCCAGCACCUGCCCCAAGGCUCUGAAGAGACUCAUGAUGAACUGCCUGAAAUUCAACCGAGACGAGAGACCCCUCUUCCCCCAGAUCCUGGCCACAGUGGAGCAGCUGCAGCGCCUCCUCCCCAAGCUGGAGCGAAGCAUGUCGGAGCCCUCCCUACACCGUGCCUCCCACCCCGACCCCCGCAGCUCCUCCCCCCCAUCGCCCCUGCGCCCCCUGGCCUAGCCUGGGCAGACGGACACCCCUGGUGCCAGGAGCUGCCGCUUCUCUGAGCCUCCCCCAGUUUGGGGACCCAGGUGUCCAGGAGCAACUAUGGGGGAGGGGGGCAAACACCCCAAGGGGCUGGGGAGCUUCUCCCCCCACCCGAACCUCAGGGCCAGCAUCGCCCCAGAGGAACUUCCAUUGUCUGGAGAUUGAUGGGUGACACCCCCCACUCCACCCUGCCCCAGAGGUGGCUGCAUCCCAGCAUCAGCCGAGCCGGCCGUUCUAUGCAGCCGUUCCCGGCCGCCCCGCCCCAGAGGUGGCUGCAUUAAGGGCGACCCGUGGGCUGUUAAAUCUCUGUUUUAAUAUAUCGGUCUCUGGUUGCUCGG